GCCACACCGUACACGCCUCAUUACGCCCAUCCACGUGCUCGCUCGCCCCCAUCGCGAAGCUUUCCUCGGCGGCGUCGCCGUCUCCGACUCACCGGUGGCGGGCGUGCGGCGCGCAGAGAUGGCGUCCUCGUCGGUGGCGGCGGACAUGGAGCUGGACCGCCCGAACCUGGAGGACUACCUCCCGCCCGACUCGCUCCCGCAGGAGUCCCCCGGGAGUCUCAACCUGCGCGAUCUGCUGGACAUCUCGCCGGUGCUCACCGAGGCGGCGGGCGCUAUCGUCGAUGAUUCAUUCACUCGUUGCUUUAAGUCGAAUUCUCCAGAGCCAUGGAACUGGAACAUCUAUUUGUUCCCCUUAUGGUGCUUGGGGGUAGUAAUAAGAUAUGGUGUACUCUUUCCACUGAGGUUCUUGACGCUUGCAAUAGGAUGGUUAGUAUUUUUUGCUGCCUUUUUUCCUGUCCAUUUCCUUUUGAAAGGGCAAGAUAAGCUGAGAAGUAAAAUUGAGAGAAAGUUGGUUGAAAUGAUGUGCAGUGUUUUUGUUGCUUCAUGGACUGGAGUGAUCAAGUAUCAUGGACCACGCCCAAGCACACGACCUCAUCAGGUGUUUGUUGCAAACCAUACAUCCAUGAUAGAUUUCAUUAUUCUGGAGCAGAUGACAGCAUUUGCUGUCAUUAUGCAAAAGCAUCCUGGAUGGGUUGGAUUUAUUCAAAAGACUAUCUUGGAAAGUGUGGGUUGCAUCUGGUUUAAUCGUAAUGAUCUUAGGGAUCGCGAAGUUACAGCACGGAAGCUACGAGACCAUGUCCAACAACCAGACAACAACCCUCUCUUGAUUUUCCCGGAAGGAACUUGUGUUAACAACCAGUACACUGUCAUGUUCAAGAAGGGUGCUUUUGAGCUUGGCUGUGCUGUCUGUCCAAUAGCAAUCAAGUACAAUAAAAUAUUUGUUGAUGCCUUUUGGAACAGUAAGAAACAAUCUUUCACAAUGCACUUGGUUCGGCUGAUGACAUCAUGGGCUGUUGUGUGUGAUGUUUGGUACUUGGAGCCUCAAUAUCUGAGGGAUGGAGAGACUGCAAUUGAAUUUGCUGAGAGAGUAAGGGACAUGAUAGCUGCUAGAGCUGGUCUUAAAAAGGUUCCAUGGGAUGGCUAUCUGAAACACAAUCGUCCUAGUCCAAAGCACACCGAAGAGAAGCAGCGCAUAUUUGCCGAAUCCGUCCUGAGGAGACUAGAGGAAAACUGAAUGGGUGUCAACUGAUGCAAGUGCAACUUAGCUACCUUGGAAUUCAGUUGGCUUCCUAAAACAAAAGGUGAGCUUGCGACACGUGAAAUGACCAGAUCAGUUUUGUUGUAAAUUUGUUAUUAGUUCGAUAGAAUUAACAUAGUAGCCAGCAACCUGUUUGUAUUCUGGUAUGAUCUGGUUGCCAAAUACUUAUCUUCAUGUAUGUUUGAUUUUCUA